AUGCCCCGCGAGGAGCCUCUCCUGGCUCCGCGCCAGUCCUCCGAGCACUCCUCCAUCCGGCAUGAAGACGAGGAAGAUGCCCUGUUGACCGGCGAGCGGGUGGCCCGCUCUGACGACCAGCGCCGCGGAUGGGGCUUCUGGCGACAGAUCGGUCUCUUCACCUGGGCUCUUGUGGCCACCGUGGCCGUCAUCGUCCUGGCCGUGGCCUACCAGCACAAGCGCCUCACGCAGCACGACUCCCAGCCGACCUGGGGCCCCGGCGGUAAGCCGACGGGCAAGCGUAAUGUCAUCUUCAUGGUAUCGGACGGCAUGGGCCCGACCAGUCUGUCGUUGACGAGAAGCUUCCGACAGCUGGAGCUGGGCCUGCCGCCGGACGACACGCUGGUGCUGGACCAGCACCACAUCGGCACGUCGCGGACGAGGUCGACGUCGAGCCUGGUGACCGACUCGGCCGCGGGGGCGACCGCUUUCUCUUGCGGGAUCAAGAGCUACAACGGCGCCAUUUCCGUCCUGUCCGACCACUCGCCCUGCGGGACCGUCCUCGAAGCGGCCCAUCAGGCCGGAUACAAGACCGGUCUGGUGGUGACGACCCGGAUCACCGACGCCACGCCCGCGUGCUUUGCCUCCCAUGUCAACCUACGACAGUACGAAGACCGGAUCGCGGAGCAGGAGAUUGGAGACCAUCCCCUGGGCCGGGUGGUCGACCUGAUGCUGGGCGGUGGGCGAUGCCAUUUCCUGCCGAACACGACCGAGGGCAGCUGUCGGGGGGAUGAUCGCGACCUGAUCAAGGAGGCGGAGGCGAACGGGUUCCACUACAUCCACAGCAGGAAACAAUUCGACGGGCUGAGUAUGGGGAAGGACGCGAAGCUGCCCUUGCUGGGACUCUUCGCGGAGAGGGACAUUCCGUACGAGAUCGACCGCCGACAUGUCGAGGACGAGUACCCGUCGCUGGAGGAGAUGACGCGGACUGCGUUGACGGCGCUCAGCAAGGCGACCGAGCACAGCGACAAGGGGUUCUUUAUCAUGAUCGAGGGGUCCCGCAUCGACCACGCGGGCCACGGGAAUGACCCGGCGGCGCAGGUCCACGAGGUGCUGGCCUACGACAAGGCAUUUGCGGCGGUGCUGAAGUUCCUGGAGGAGGACUCGACGCCGGGGGUGCUGGUCAGCACGUCGGACCACGAGACGGGCGGAUUGGCGGCGGCACGACAGCUGCACAAGUCGUACCCGGACUACAAGUGGCUUCCGGAGGUUCUCGCCAAGGCGAGCCACUCGUCGGAGUAUCUGCAUGCGAAGCUGAAGGAGUAUUUGGACGGCAAGGGCAAGAAGGACGACCGGGCGACGCAGCGGGCAUACAUUCGAAAGCAGCUGCUGGAGAAGGGGCUGGGGAUUGACGACGCCACGGACGCGGAGGUGGACUCGUUGAUCGAGACGGAUCCGGUGUGGCCGGCCAACUACAUAUUUGCCGACAUAAUCAGUCGUCGGGCGCAGGUGGGAUGGACGACGCAUGGGCAUUCAGCCGUCGAUGUCAACAUCUACGCAAGCUCGACGAAAGACGCCUGGCCGCUGGUCGGCAACCACGAGAACACGGACGUGGGGGCAUUCCUGGCGGAGUAUCUGGACGUGGACGUGCGGAACGUCACCAAGCAGCUGCAGCAGCGGUCGAAUGACUGGCUGGGCGAUCCUCUGGGGGCGGACGUACGGGUGGACCAGCUGGAUACGUAUCACGGGGAGUUUAAGCGGGGGCUCGCUGGGUCGUAUUUUAUCGAUUCCAUGAGCUGUGGGUGCGGCAGCACUGAUCAUUCACAUUAA